UUUGGGUAUCUGCACAACAUUAUAUAUGAAUGCAAUAUUAUUACUGCGCCGCCAUUUUCAAUCACCAUGGCUCUUAAAUCCCUGCUAAAACCCACUAGAAAUUCCAUCCUUUGUUCCUCCAUAUCGUCUUCUUCGCUAUUCUCCUCUCUCUGCAAAGAACGUAUCUUCUCACUGCCUUCCGAAUCCCCACCUGCUGCUAAAAAAGUUCCUUUCACUCACUCAGUUCAUGGCAUUACGCUGCAAGAUCCCUACCACUGGAUGGCCAACACCGCCGACCCUGAUCUCGCCGACUACCUCCGUCGAGAAAACUUGUAUGCCGAAGCUUUCAUGGCCGACACUCAGAUUCUGCAGCGCCGGCUCUUCUCCGAGAUGACGAGUCGAAUAUCCACCAAGGUUUCCACUCCUCCUGAGCCUUGGGGACCCUGGUUUUACUACCAAUACAUCCCGGAGGGGAAGGAAUACCCAGUUCUAUGCCGUAGGCUACAGAACGAGAAAACCAAUUGGUUAAAGAAACUUACCCAAUUUGCUAAAGGAAAUUCUGGGAAGCAGGAGGAAGUUUUACUUGAUUGGAAUGAAAUUGCUAAACAAUAUGGCUAUGUUCACGUGGGAACUUGUCGUGUUUCACCAGACCACAACUUUCUAGCAUACACAGUUGAUAUUACAGGCAGUGAACACUUCAUGCUUCAGAUUAAAGACCUGAGAAGUGGACUGAUGAUUCCCAAGUUACAGGAGGGAGUUGUAAGUUUGGCUUGGGCGGAAGAAGGCAGGACACUUUUCUACACACAAGCAGAUGAGAAUCAGAGGCCUUACAGGGUUUUCUCCACAAAACUUGGAUUCAGCGACACCGGAGAAGAUGUCUUGGUGUUUGUUGAAAAUGAUCCCAACUAUUGUGUCGACAUAACGAGUACAAAAGAUGGGAAGUUCAUAACCGUGAAUUCGAACUCGAGGACUUCUUCUGAGGUUUAUAUUAUAGAUGCUAACAACUGGUUAAGCGGUUUGCAAAGAAUACACAAACGCAUUCCGGGUAUUCAAUACUUUCUGGAACAUCAUUGUGGUUUCUUUUAUAUCCUAACAAAUGCUCCUCUUGAAAAGAAAGGGGAUUGUUCGAAGGAAGAUUAUUACGUAGCUCGAUGUCGAGUUGAAGAUAUCAAGUCAGCAAAUUGGCAGGAUAUCGUCCUUCAGAGCAAAGAUUUCAGUAUACAUGACAUGGACGUUUUUAGUGGACAUCUUGUGCUUUUUGUCAAUAAGAAUGGUGUUCCAAUGUUAUGUUCAAUCAAUUUGCCUUUAGAUGCUAAUCAUAAGCAUCGUUUGGAGAUCGAGAAACUCGACCCAUGGUUUUUCCCUCUUCCCUCAAACUCCUGCAGCGUAGCUCCAGGAUCGAACCAUGACUUUACGAGCUCGUUAUACCGUGUGGUGCUUUCGUCUCCAGUGAUGCCUGAUUUGAUUGUUGAUUAUGAUAUGUCUAAAAGGGUCUUCUCGAUCAUUCAGCAAGAGGAAGUAGAAGUUAAGCAUGAUAUUAAACUUAAAACAUAUCAACCAGAUGCGUUGGGUAUCGAGAAAGUUUCAGAUGCGCAAAACAAAAGAGAAAACUUCGAGACUCGUGAAUCCGAAACUUGGAAGGACUUUUCUGAUUCAUACUGUUGUGAGAGGAAGGAAGUUAUAUCACAUGAUGGAAUCAGAGUACCCUUGACCAUAUUGUAUUCCCCUUCGACUUUUCAGAAAGGACGGUCACCCGGAGUUCUACAAGGGUAUGGAGCAUAUGGUGAGGUUCUUGAUAAAAGUUGGUGUCCUUCUCGCCUGAGUUUACUUGAUCGUGGUUUCGUGCUGGCAUUUGCAGACAUCAGGGGAGGUGGUGGUGGUGAUUCUUCAUGGCAUAGAUGUGGGAGUGGGCUUCAGAAACAAAAUUCAAUACAAGACUUUAUCUUUUGUGCGAAUUUUCUCAUUGAUAAUGGCUAUGUUCAUAAGAAUCGGCUGGGUUCCAUUGGAUACAGUGCAGGAGGCCUUCUUGUUGGAGCUGCUAUCAACAUGCAUCCUGACCUGUUUGGAGCAGCCAUUUUGAAGGUUCCGUUUCUUGACAUAUGUAACACGCUACUAGAUCCCAGUUUACCACUCACCAUUCUCGACUACGAAGAAUUCGGAAACCCAGAGAUAGCAAUGCAGUUUGAGUCUAUCUUGAGCUACUCUCCUUACGACAAUAUCUCUAAGGGAAGUUGUUAUCCUCCAAUGCUUGUCACAGCCUCAUUCCGUGAUGCAAGGGUUGGAGUAUGGGAAGCUGCCAAAUGGGUGGCAAAAAUCCGAGACACGACAUGCUCCCGUUGUUCGACUUCUGCAAUUUUGAAGACCAAUAUGGUUGGAGGACACUUUGGUGAAGGUGGUCUCUAUGGUGGAUGUGAAGAGACAGCUUACGACUACGCUUUUCUCAUCAAAGUCCUUGGAACUUCGGACCGGGAUUCAACUUUUUCGUAACGGUAAGGAACGAGGAACCCCUACUGUCUAUUCAUUGAUUCUUCCGUAGAUAUAUAAACUCUGGCAUCCAAUUACUUAUGAUACGCUUUUCUGUGUAGAACACAUUGAUGUUGUAGUCCGUCCUCCUCAUGAAGUGCCAAUUUUUCA